UAAAACUUCAUAAGAGGAUAACAAAGGAUAUGAAACAACAGAAUCAAGAAUUAAUAUCUACUUUCGAACUAAUGCGGAUAGCUGGAUAGUUUUGAACCUUACAUUAUGUAUCCUUGUUAUAAAACCUUCGUCCUGACUCUCGCUUUGUGCGCCUGCCUGGCCGCCGCCGAUGUGUCCCACUUACAGCCCAGCACCAGCUACCUUCCGCCUCCUCGUCCGGAACACGCUGUGUCCAUGAGCAUCGAGCAACAGGAGCUGCGAGAGCUGCCCGAGCAAGUGGAGUACAUGCGUCCAAAUGAACAGGGUCAGAUGGAGCCCAUGCCCAGCAGUCUUCUCACUCCUCCCGCUCCAGUGGAUCAGCAGGAAGCCAUGCCCUCCUCUCGCUACCUGCCACCUGCACCUGCACCUGUUCCCGUUCCAGUUGAGAUGACCGUUGAACCCGUGAUGAUGCCCCAGAUGGAAGUGAUGGAGAAGGUCCAGCAACAGCCAGAGCUCGCACAUCGUUACCUGCCUCCCGCACCAGUUUCUGAGCAGCAGCUGACCUACCAGCAAUACCAGGAGCAGAUGCAGCAGAUUCAGAUGCACGAUGAGCCCCAGGAACAGCAGCCCCAGCAACCGCAGGAACAGCCGGAACAGGAGGACCAGCAAGCAACGUACGUUCUGGAUGUCCAGCAGCCCAUGGCUCCAUCCGAUGUGGAGACCCAAGAGCCUCUGGAACCGGAGCCCGCCCACGAACUCCGUUCCGAUGGCUAUUACUAUAAACAGGCCGAAGAACAGCGUCGUCUGCGGCAUUAAGUCACACAAAAUUGAGUCACCCAAUGACGACAUCGACUCACACGACGAUGCGUCAUCUAAUUGUUGUUAAAUGUUUAUCUUAGUUCUUAAAGAGCAUAUUAAAUUUCGGAUUUGAAGAAAUGUUUACCAUAGUUCUUAAAGAGCAUAUUCAAUUUCGAAUUU